AAGCGACGUUUCAAGACCAGGUUGGAAUAAAAUCAGUGUGGCAAAAGCAGGUUUCUGUUGUGAACGCGAGGGGCGGGGCUUAACGGUACCCCGGAAGAGGCGCGAAAUUCAAAGCUGUGCUGGCGGAGGGUGAAAACAUUUAGAAAUGGAUAUUUCAGGACACUUCUUCAAGAGGCUGCGCGAUUUGGUGGUGUUUUUGGAGACUGAAACCCAGAAUCUUGAGAAGGCUCACCAGAACAACGACUAUGACAGUGAUGAAGGAGGUGUGCAGGUUCUGCAUGAACUGCAUUCAGAAGUCAGAGCUAUGAAAGAGCAGGUCCGAACCCAGCUGCUCGGCUGUCAGCCUGAGGAAGAGGGUGUGAGAGACUUCAUCAGCACAAGCAGUGUCCUGAGGCAGAGGCUCAGGGAGGACAUUGGGAAAGUGAGAAGACACUUUGAAGACUACGGCUACACACCCCCGCCAAAGAACCCAGAAGGGCAGGGCGGCGAGGAGGGGCCGGGGAAGAGGAGCGAGGGUGCCGGCGGGCAGGAGGCCGGGACAGAGCCCGUGGCCGCGGAGGAGGACAAGCCGCCGUGCAUCACGCCGGAGAAGAGCGCGCGCCCAGCCCCGGACCCCCUGCGCACCCCCCAGCUCUCGGACUUCGGCCUGUCCGAGUACUGCUUGCUCCGGAACAGGGGGGCCGCGGAGGCCGACACUGUGGAAACAUGCCUCUGCUGUACGUUCACUGCCUCAAGAAGGGAGAUAGUGAAGCACAGCUUGGAGUAA